CCGGAGGUGGGGCCGCCCUCCCCGCCGAGGGGACCGGCCCGGGCGCGGCGGGGCCGGCGGCGGCGGCAGGGCGCUGCCCCCCUUCGCCGCUCCUUAUCAGCCGGGUUUGAUGCUGCAAGGCGUGUCUGGGGCUCUGCUCAUGUGAUGGAGCAAGAGGGAGAGACGGGCGGGGGGACAAGGGGAGGAGAUGAUUUUCUCCUCUCUCGCGCGCGCUCGCUUUUUUUUUCCCUCCCCUCGCCCUAGAGGAGUUUGCAGAAAGCCGGGCUCCCGCACUCCCGCCUGCGCUCCCGCCGCGGCGCCGCCGCCAGCCCCCGCACGGCCGCUCCGCACGGCCGCGGGGCAGCGCCAUGGGCGCCGGCAGCUCCGCCGAGCCGCCUGGCCCCGCCGCCGCCGAGCCCCGCCGCGGCGCCGCCGAGCCGCCGCCGGCACCGGAGCCACCGGCGGAGCCCGCCAAGGUUUUAGAUGCAAAUUUACCAGUAUCUGACGUCAGUGAAGACAAUUUGGAGCUUGAUGUCCCACUGCAGGAACCACAUCAGCCAGAAGGUGUUGCAACGCAUCAGGAACUGAAUGGAGAGCAGCCAGAGGGGGUUUCACCCCUUCAGGAGCCACCCGGACUGCAGGCAGAAGCAGGUAUACCAACUGUUGGACAAACAGAGCAGUCCAGUGCAGCUUUGCAGGAAGAGGCCAUAACUAUGGAGGCAAGUCCUUCUGACUCAAGCACCAAGGAUGGUGUAGAUGAUGAAAAAGAGGAUCCUCAUAUAUCUAAACAUUUGCCGUCUUUGGAAGAAGAUGCAGAAGACCUUGACCAAGCAUCUGAGCCACAGUCUUAUGAUCUGGGCUUUAAAAAGGUUUUUAAAUUUGUUGGAUUCAGAUUCACAGUUAAGAAGGAAAAGACAGGAAAAUCAGAACCAGUUCAACUGCUUACUGUAAAAAAGGAAGUGGAAGGCACUGAGGGAACUGGUGAUCAAAGCGAAGUCAGCCCAGAGGAAAUACCAGUGCCUGAAGAUGCCCUCUCUGCAGAAGACAACACCAAAGACGCAACGAAGAAUGAAAAUCCAGAAGAUGAAUCUCCUAAAACACCAGAAGCAAAGGAGCUGUGUUCUCAGUCAGCUGCCUUAGCCACUGAUACUGCAUCACCAUUACGAAAAUUUUUUUCUCAGGGAUGGACUGGAUUCAGGAAGAAGAAGAGUUUUAGGAAGCCUAAAGAAGAUGAACUACAGUCUGCUAAGAAAGAAGAGGACCAAGAAGAAGAGGAGGCAGUGUUAACAGCUGAAGCUGCUGAAAAGGAAGAAAAAUCUGAGGACAAGAGUGAAGAUCAAGAGAAGAAUGUGACAGCAGUAACUAUUGAAACACAUGAGAAGGAACAAACCGAAGAUGAAAAGCAGAAACUGAAAAAGACUGUGGCAGCCAUAACAGUUGAAGCAAGUAAGAAAGAAGAGCUAACCAAGCAUGACAGGCAGGGAGACAAUGAGGUUAUAGGAGCAGCAGUUGUUAAAGGGAGUGUGAAGGAAGAAAAAGCUGAAGAUAAAGAAAGGAAGUUAGUGGAAAGGUCAGAAGAUCUUGGUAAAAAGGAAGAAAAAACUGAAGGAGAAAAAGGAAGUGAGGUGACAGAGAUAACGUGUACCACUGAUCCUAUUUUUAGUGGUAUCACUGAGAGUGCAAGUGCAGGAUUGAAAACAUCCCCAGAAGUUUUAUCUGUGGAAGAAAAACUGGAAUCAACAGAGAAGUGUGAAAUAGAUGACACAACCAAAAUGGCUUCUGGAGAGAAACUUGAAGCAGCAUCUGCAGGAUUACUGGCACUUGAAAGUACUGGUGAAGAGUUAAAAAAAUCUGAAGGAAGAGCAGGGAGUAAACCUGAAUCCUUGGCUCCACUGAAGGAAGAAACGUUUGAUGAAAAAACACAGAAAUCAGAACCAAUAAUUUCACCUGCAAUAGAAGACCUCAUUGGAAAGUUAGAGACACCAGGAGAAGCUCAUGAGACAACCAUGGAAAAGAAAGCAAGCAAAGCACACGAGACAAAACUGACUCUGGGUGCUCCUGGAAUUAAGUCCUCCUCCACUUCUGAACAUUCAUUUGACACAGAGGAUGACCAACAGUCAGCCAGACCCACUGAUGAAGGUCUACAGGGCCAAACUGGCAUAGCUAUGACUGAUGAUAUCAAACCAACUGAAAUAACCACAGAAAUAACUUCUGAUGAGGCAGUUGAAAGGAGGCCUCCAGAAGGUAUCACAAGUGAAGCUGAACUGCUGUCUUCUCAAGAAAAAACUAAACUACAGGGCAGCCCUUUAAAGAAACUCUUUACAGGUACUGGAUUAAAAAAACUGUCUGGAAAGAAGCAUAAAGGCAGGAGAGAGGAAUCUAAGUUAGGAGAACAGGGAGAACAAAUUCAGCACUUAUCAGAUUCCCCAGACAGCCCAGAAGAACAAAAGGCAGAGAGUUCUGCUUCUUCUCCUGAGGAGUUAAAUGAGAUUCCUUCUUUGGAAAAAUCUGCAGAUGGGAUGCAGGUCACUGAAAGUGAAGAUGCUGCAAUUUCAGAUGUGGAGAGAAAAAGAGAAAGUGUUACACCCUGGGCAUCAUUUAAAAAGAUGGUGACUCCCAAGAAACGUGUCAGAAGACCUUCUGAAAGUGAUAAAGAAGAAGAAAUUGAUAGGACAAAGAGUGCUGCAGUGUCUACAACUGAAAAUGCAGUUGAUGAAAAUCAGGGAGAAUUAAAAGAAAAUGGGAUGGACCAGAAGCAAGAGAAAGUCACCGAAGAGCCCAAAAGAAAGGUUGACACCUCUGUGUCUUGGGAAGCUUUUAUAUGUGUAGGUUCUUCGAAGAAAAGAGCCAGGAAAUCAUCAUCAUCUGAUGAAGAAGCUGAGCAUAAGCUUGGUCAAGAAGGCCAAAGAAUAGAAGAAUCUGGACAGAGCAAAGAAACAGCAACAGAUACAGUUCUUACUAGCUCUCAGGAGAGUGAUCAAGGACAAGGGAAUUCCUCCCCUGAACAAGCUGGAAGCCCAUCUGAAGGUGAAGGUAUUUCAACGUGGGAAUCAUUUAAAAGGUUAGUCACUCCAAGAAGGAAAUCCAAAACCAGAAUGGAAGAGAGAACUGAAGACUCUGUUAUGGGAUCUAGCCUGGAGCACUCAACAUCAGAUGGUGAGCCUGGAAAAGAUGAAUCAUGGGUUCCAUUUAGAAAACUGAUGCCUGGCCGUAGGAAGAAAAAGUCAGAUGGGAAACCAGAACCAGCGCUUCUUAAACAAGCAAGAGAAGACAUGGCAGAAACAACUGAAGAAGAUUCUGAUGUUCCAGCUGUUGUUCCUUUAUCUGAAUAUGAAGCAGCAGAGCAAGAGAAAAUUGAAGCCCAACAAGCAAAGGAUGCUGAAGCCAUAAGAGAACAAACCUCAGAGAAAGAAAGAGCAGAAAAACUAGAAGAGGCCUUAAGAACUGAGCAAGCUAGUGACGGACUUGUACAUGCAGUUAGUGUUACUGUUGUGGAAGGAGAAAGGGCAGUUACCAGUAUUGAAGAAAGAUCACCAUCUUGGAUAUCUGCUGCUGUGACAGAGUGCAUUGAGCAGUCAAAAGAAGAGGAAGAGAAAGAAACUAAGAAAACGUUUGAAUCAGAAGCUGUUGUAGAAGAAGCAGUGGUGUUUGCUAAGACUGUGCCAGAGAUGAGAAAGGAUAAAAGUGAUGACACCACAGCAAGUGAGCAAGAGCUAACCUCAGAAGCAGUGACAGCUCUGGAGGAGACAACAGAAGCUUACUGUGCCGAAGAAACAAUGGAAGUAUCCUUUGCUGAGGAGACGACUGAGAUGGUUUCUGCUGUUUCACGAUUGUCAGAAACCCCUGAUACUACAGAAGAAGUUACACCUGUACAGGAAGUAGAGGCUACUGAGCAAAACUUGAGAGAAUUAGAGAGACAGACACAAGAAGUUCUUCAGGAAGUUGCUGAAAGAGUAAGGUCAUCAGAUGUAGCACAGCUGGUUAAUGAAAGAACCAUGACAGCAACUGUAAUUGAGACAGUGCAAGAAAUUGAGUCAGACAUGAAAGACGAUGCUACAGAUGUGAAAGUGGUAGGCCAGGAAACUCUUUUGCUUGAACAGUCCUUGAAAACAGAAGGACACAAGGAGGAUGACAUCCAAGCCCUGGGAAGUGCAAGGAGCAUUCAGGGAAUAAAUGGAAGUGAAGGAGGAGUUCUACACGAAGGUUCAGAGAGAAGUGAAAUACCUGCUGCAAUGAAAGAGAACGCAGGCGGACUUAAAAAUGUAGCUAUAUUGAGAGAUGAAGGCCAGUGGCAGAAGCAUGAAGAAGCAGUUGUAGAAGACCUGGAGGAAGCUCCUGAAUUGCAGAGGACAGCAGAAGAACUUCCAUCAAAAGACAAAGACUUUCACUGCAGCAAAAUGGUCACUUCCAAGGAAGAGCCCAUACUAAAGCAGGAGUCCUCAGACCAAGGCAAACUGCCCUUAACAGAGCUGGCAGAAGACGAGAUGAGAGAUGAGCAUAUUCCAGAAGUGGAGACUGCAGUGCAAAACAUGGAUGAAGGCCAAGCCUCUGCCUUGGGGCCUGCAGGCAUUGCAGGCACUGCAACUGAAGUGCCUGUGCAGCUUGAAGGCGAGCGUGACACCACCUCCAAGGGACCAGAGCACACAGAAGCAGUUGUUGUUGCGGACCCUGGCACGCCGGAGGGAGAAGAGGCAACUCCUGCCUUGGGCUCACCAGACCAAGCCUGGGCUAAAGGAGUUGCUGGUGAGGCACCUCCCCAGGGAGAGGAAGGCGAGUCUGGGCUCUCUGCAGUAAAAAACACCCAAGUCCCCACUGCCGAGCUCCCCAUGCAGAAGGGGAUACGAGUCUCUGCCGUCACUCCAGAAACAACUGGCUCAGAAGCAGCUGCAGCGUCCGGGCAGAGUGUGGGUGAGGAGGCUUGUGUGCAGAUCCCUGCAGAAGCCUCUGGGCCCAUCUUGGAGCCUAAAUGCCUAGAAAGAACCCCAAGAGAAGCGCUCUCCCAGAGUGAUGAGACGGAAGGCAGCCAACUACAAGAUGCCGUACUCAAAACUGCAGCGCUCUCCCAGAGUGAAAAUACUGAGGGUAACAAAAUGGAAGAAGCCAUCCUCAGCGUGGACUCACCAGGCCCUGUCACUGCAGCCCCCACACAGCUUGAAGGAGAAAACCUGUCUGCCUUAGCAUCAACGGGCAUAGAUACCAUGUUCAAUGGGAGCAGUGUCCUCCCCGGCAGCAGUCCAAAGAAAUGCAAAACCCAAAGCAGUGUAGCUGCAGAAGAGCCAGUGGAAGCAGAACAAGAACUUGUAGAAAACUCAAGCUGUGAGGACGUGCUGAGGGAAGAAACUGAAGGGGAGCGAUUGGUGGAAACAGCCCAAGGUGCAGGUGACUCUGGCCCACUGGAAGCUGUUAGCGGUGAUGGAUGUUCCUCACACGCUGUGCAGGAAGAGGUUUUACGUGUGCCAGAGGAAGGUCCUGGCUCAGCCUUCCCUAGAGCUGAAGGCUCGGAGGCACCAGAAGUGUCCGUGCCAGUGCCAGCUGCUGCACUGGAGGAGCCUGUUGCUGCCGAAACCGUGACACUUGCACACACGGCAGCCAAAACGUUAGAGCCCUUGGGAGCCAGGUGUGGGCAGAUGUCUCCAGAAGAAGUCCCAGGUGCUACUGUUGACUAUUCAGGCACUGACGCUGCAGAGCCGGACAGUGCAGAAGCACCUCAACCUCAAGCACCUCCUGCUUCUGUUAAGGCAGUACCAGAGAAGAAACAAGAGAUGGCUCAGGGAUUUGGACACCCUGAACAAAGUGUUGCUCUUUUGAAGAAGAGUCCUUCUCUUGCCCACCCACAGUUGGAGAAGGACACUGUUCAGUCUGUGACUCUGGAGUCCCAGAGUACAAAAAUUGUAUUGAACGCCAUCCUGACGGCUGUUGACAAACUCACAGAGACAGAAGAGGCAGCUGUAUCUGAAUCAGAGCAGCACACUAAGUCUAUAGGAGAAAGCCAACCAGAGAGCAGUAUACCUGAAUUUCUGGAAACUAUGCAAGGGGAUCAUCACCUUCCUGUCAAAGAGGAAGAAAUACCAAGCAGAGAACAAGAGCCCCAACAGUCAGGAACAGGGAAACAUGCCACAUUAGCAGAGUCUGCAGAAAUUCAUGCAAGUGUAGAACAAGCAAAAGUCAUGGUGUUCAUUUCUCAUGCACCUAAAGAAGGAAAGAGUGAGAAUUCGUUAGAAAUUGUGAUUAGCCCUCAAGAUGUUUCAAGGGAGAGUCCGAGACUUCUGAAGUCAGCAGUAGGAGUGGGUACUUCAGAAGAUUCAACCAAAGAACCCCUUGACACACACCCACCAAAGUUAAAGGAAAAAGAGGUGGGGCAGAUUCUGGAAAUCUCAGACCAUAAUACAAGUCAGCAAACACAAAUGGAAAAGAAGGAUGAACAACAUCACCUGUCAGUGGAAGAUGUGAAAACACAGACACCAGAGGAUGUUUGUAGCCACGAAGGUGCGCCUUGUCAUCAUCCGCAAAGCCUGAACUCCUUGGCUCCUGAGGCCUCGAAUAUGUGCUAAGCAUCCCUGUGGCAUUCGGAGAGAUGCCAGCCCUAGAGAACAACUGACAAUCCUGUGGCAGAGCCAGGAGCUUUAUUCACCACCCUUUAUUCUUGGAUAUUAACAGCUUCUCUUUUGAAGACUUCACCUUUUUGUCAUUUCUAUUAAAAACAAUGCCUUUGAUGUUGGGUAUAUUCACAUGUGUGUCCCAUGUGAAGAUCAUUUGCCUUUGCCCAAAAUAUACCAUUUAGACUGGAGAUGUGUAUCUAAGUGAAUGGGCAGACCACUAAAAAUUGUGCCACAGUUAUUGCCAUCCCUUCACUUAAAAUGUCUCCUGUCUGUCCUGUCUCCUUCAGUCCUUUCAUUUAUACCUGAAUCCCCUACUUUCUCUCUGCAGUCUCCCUUAGCGCACUUAUCUUCCAUAGCUGCCUUGAUUUGAUCUACCAAGAGGCCAUAAGUGCUGCUUGGCUGAGGGGGACGAAGGGAGAGGAGAGCUGAGUGAUGAGAAAACCUGAGACUUCUGGCUAAUUAGUACAUUUCCUUAUCAAACAGCAGAAACUGGAACACGCACAAAUUCUCGAGCAAGAUGCUCAAGAUUGCUGCCUCCCAAUCCCAUUCAGGUAAAAGAAUUGCGCUACAGGCUCUCUCUGUCCUUUGUUUGUAUUUGUGCAGGCCUGAUUUAGUCAGAAGUGACUUAUACAGGGCAGCCUGAGAGGAAAUUGAGAAUACCCUUUUUCUGUUGUUCCAGACUUCAGGUUUCCAGAGCUGGACUGUAAUGUGUUGAAUAUUUAUAUGUAUGUCUUAAACCCAGUUCUAAUUUUAAUGUAGAGGUAUGAUAUUUCUGUACCAUUUAGACAUACCCUUAAAGGAAUUUUGUAGUGUAGCCUGGAGACGAAAUGGAUACCAUUGGAGAGGAAACUGAUAACAUGUACUUUUCUAUUUAUUGUUCCAGGUUUUCCCCUUGUAAAACCCCUCCAAAACUUGGCUGUCAUGCUUUGAAUAUUUAUAUGUAUAUCCUAAACCCAAUUCUGAUUUUAAUGUAGACUGUGAUCUGUUGAAAGAUAAAAGGAGAGCCCUAACUUGUUGCAGAUCCAUCAACUACCCAUACCAAAGUCAUUUCAGCUUGCAGUCUUCCCAGGUUUCUGAGAACCCUCUAGACUCAUCAUUCCCCCUGCUGUCUUGCUCAUUUAGCAGCCCCAUCUGUGUCACAGCCCUCAAAUCACACCCAUCUCAUCCAAGAAUCAGCUUAUUUCUGGUCACUUCCUCAUCGAACCCCAAAGCCUUCAUCCCACUGACAUCCUCUACCAAAUUUCCUGCAUACAAGCUUCCUCCCUCCCCUGCCCAUGCCUGAACCGCAUUCCCACCAUGGCAUUUCCUGAAAUCCUCCCUACUCAUAGCAAUUCCCUGUCUCCUCUGCAGGAGGAGCAGGAAGGAGGGUAAGGGCUUGGUGAUGAAUUGUGGCUGGGACUUCAAAGGGCGGAAGAGGACUUUGGGGUGCUGAGAACUUAAAACUCUUAACGUGAGGUGGAUGCAAGGUGGGUUGGAUUGAGAAUGGCUGUAGAACAGAAUGAGCCAGGGGAUUUAAAGGUAGGCAGAAGCCCCAAGACUGACAGUCCUGGGAUGGCUGCCCCCAGCAGGAGUCGGUCUUCUCUUUUGUUGUUUACAUUAAAAUCAGGCAAAGGGGGUACAAGCCACUACUUUCCGCUCUGAUUUCUGAAGUGAAGGUUACAGAUCGCACUUUGUGAAACUGAUGCCCAUCAAGUUGAACAUAGCUUCACUAUCCUACCUGUAUAGUAAUUUAUUUUAAAAUCAACUUGUGUACAAAUGCUCUUGUUAUGGUAGGUGCUUGCCUCUCCUCAAGGCUGCAUAUACAGCAAGCAAUGUGACUGAUUGCACUGGUGUGAUUGCACCAUCUGGUGCUGCCCUGUGUGGAAGCAUCAAAAGAUUUUUCCUUACCUCAGAGCAAAUGAUAUAAAUAUUUAAAGCCAAACAAUGUGGUUUCAAACAAUCCAGUCUAUCUUUGUCCAUCGUUAGUGGCAGCUUUCCCCCUUAGCUUUGGGCAAUUCCAACAACCUCUGUCGGUUUCCACAGGUUAAGUUGGCUUGCAAAUUAAUCGUGCUCUUAAUAACACCUCACAAGUGCGAAAUUGGCUGAACUUGUACAAAUUGUAUUCUUAUGUACGUUAAGCCAUAUUGCAAUAACUGCAGCAGGUAAAAUGAAAUAACAAUAGCAUGACCUGUGUAAUCCCUAUUCUUAUGUUUGUAGUUCCAAAGCUGUUAAUAAUAUGUAAAGUUAAUUCUUGUCUGAACCUCAUUUAAAUAAAUCUAGCUUUAUCACAAUGUAAAUUGUCUGUUGGUAGUAACUGGACAGGCAAGUGCUUAAACUUGCUUGUGAUCUCCAUUAAUCCAGGGCCUAGGUAAGCAAUGCAACAAACGUAACUAUAAAACAAAUAUAAAUGCUGCUUCUUGUAACUGACAGCUGAAAAAACACUGCACCUGAAAUCAUGCUAAUGGUGCAAGGAGCAUGUCUCCUUGUAAAGACACUACUUUGUUCCAGUGUGUUGCUUUGGCCUCUGAGACUCUCAUUUGAGACUGUGACUUCUGGCUUGUGCUUAAAAGCUUGAAGCUUUCUCUAAUCCAGUGUAUUGGGUUACCAAAUUUGAUUUUGUGUUUUUAAGGUAGAUUUUCAUUGAUUAAAUAAAAUACAACUACAAGUUUGUUUUAA